AUAGGAUAUUGGCAAAGUUCCCUCCUUUGGGGUAGGAAGUGAUUGGUGGAAGGGAAGGGGUCCUCUUUCUAGGAUGCAACUAUCACAAUGCAGACUCUUUUCCCUCUCCUGUUCUCCUUCCUGUGAGAACCCUCCCAUUUUCAUAGUUCAGGGUACGAGCAGUUACAGGACGAGUGGAGUAUUCCGGCAGACUCUGACGUUCAUCUUAGCCGGAAGCUCGUCAUUCGCAAAAUGGCUCCGUCACCUGUGACUGCUCCAUCAUCGGGCUCUUCUAAUUCGUCUUCCUCGUCUUCCUCGGCAGACGCACCAUCUCCGUCGUCGUCAUCAUCGUCGUCGUCAUCGUCGCCUCCGCCGCCGUCUAAAUCGUCUCCCCCUCCAUCAUCAUCAACUUCACCACCACCUCCAGAAUCAUCAUCACCAUCAUCAUCACCUCCCUCGCCGGCAUCACCACCACCACCAAAAUCAUCUUCCUCGUCCCCACCGCCACCGAAAGAUGGUGUUUCAUCAUCACCCCCACCUCCACCAUCAUCACAAAAAUCACCCCCACCUCCUCCAUCCCCUUCCAAUGGCAACAAUUCACCUCCGCCUCCACCUCCGCCUCCACCUCCACCACCACCUUCCAAUGCGUUAUCUCCUCCACCGCCACAUAAGUCAUCAUCCUCUUCCAGUUCUUCUGACAAGAUCCCCCUUAUCGUAGGAGUCUCAGUGGGAGUGGUAGCAUUACUUCUUAUUUUGGCUAUGGUCUUAGUGUGCUGCAAGAAGAAGAAGAAGCGAAGACCACAUAACCCGAUGCAAUACUAUGCUGACUCUGCAAGCAAUAAUUAUUAUAAUGGAAAUGUACAAAAUCAAAGCUGGCACAAUAAUCCACAAUCGAUGGAACAGGGGAUGAAGAUGCCACCACCAUCAGGAAUAGCAAUACCACAAGGGGGAGGGUGGCCUGCACCACCACCACCUCCACCCUUAAUGAGCAGCGAAAUGAGCACCACCAAUUUCUCAGGCCCACACCAUCCUCCACUACCACCACCAUCUCCAAACAUUGCCCUUGGAUUCAAUAAAAGCACAUUCAGCUAUGAUGAAUUAGCACAAGCAACAAAUGGGUUCUCUCAAGACAACUUAUUGGGUCAAGGUGGAUUUGGGUAUGUACACAAGGGAAUUCUACCUAGCGGCAAGGUUGUUGCUGUGAAAAGCCUCAAGACAGGCAGUGGGCAAGGAGAGCGUGAGUUCCAGGCAGAGGUUGAUAUCAUCAGCCGUGUCCAUCAUCGUCACCUUGUGUCACUCUGUGGCUAUUGUAUAGCUGGUGGGCAGCGGAUGUUGGUGUAUGAGUAUGUUCCCAACAAGACACUAGAGUUCCACCUUCAUGGACCUGGUCAACCAACCAUGGACUGGACAUCUAGGCUUCGGAUUGCAAUGGGAGCAGCUAAAGGACUUGCAUACCUUCAUGAAGACUGCCAUCCUCGCAUUAUCCAUCGUGAUAUUAAAGCCGCGAAUAUUCUGUUGGAUGAUAAUUAUGAAGCCAUGGUGGCAGAUUUUGGACUGGCUAAGUUAUCCUCUGACAAUUACACGCAUGUCUCCACUCGUGUGAUGGGAACUUUUGGGUAUUUGGCACCUGAGUAUGCAUCAAGUGGGAAGCUAACUGAGAAAUCUGAUGUCUUCUCAUUUGGUAUUAUGCUGUUGGAAUUGAUUACUGGAAGACCACCUGUGGACACUACUAACUCAUACAUGGAAGAUAGUCUAGUAGACUGGGCUAGGCCUCUUUUGACACGAGCACUGCAAGAAGGCCACUAUGAAGAGCUGGUGGAUCCACGCUUGGAGAACAAUUAUGACCCUCAUGAGAUGACCCAAAUGGUAUCCUGUGCAGCUGCAAGCAUUCGUCACUCUGCAAGGAGGCGUCCAAAGAUGAGCCAGAUUGUGCGUGCAUUGGAAGGUGAUUACUCAUUGGAGGAUUUGAAUGAUGGCAUAAGAACUGCGCAAAGCCCUGCCUUUAGCUCAAAUAGCGGCUCAGACUAUGAUGCGGCUUUAUAUACUGGAGAGGUGAAGAAGCAUAGGAAGGUGGCAACAGCAAGCCGAGAUCUGGGGAGCACUGAGUUCGGGCACAAUCCCUCAUCCUCAAGCGGUGAUUCUCGAGAAAUGAGUGUUAGGCGCACAAAUAUUUGA